AUGAUUAGUUCAUGCCAUAUCAAUAUAAAAUCAAUCACCAAACACAAAGAUGAACUCCAAGCUAGAUUUUCCAAAUACGACAUCAUUUCUGUAAACGAAACCAACCUAAAGAGCGAACGACAGUUCACUCUCUUGGGUUACAACACUUACAGAAACGAUCGAGUAGGAAAACCUGGUGGGAGAGUAUUACUAGCAGUUAAACAACACAUCAAAUGUCGAGAAGUAUUUAACAAGACAGUAGGUAAAAAUGAAGCGAUAGCAGUAGAGAUUGAAACUAAAACACUCAAAUCAAGACUAAUAUCCUCCGUUUAUAUACCUCCAACAGCAAAACUUAAUUUGAAUCUAUUCCACGAACUUUAUGACAUCAAUAACAACUGUAUUAUAAUGGGUGAUCUUAAUGCAACAUUAUACAAUAAGGGAUCCCAACAAGCUAACGCUCGAGGAAAACAGCUGCAAGAAUUACUGGCAGAAGGCUUUAUCGACUGCAUCGAAGAUGAUAAUUCAACUUUUGAAAAGAAUGAUUAUGAAGUAAAACUUGAUUGGAUAUUAGCUAGUCAACCACUUCUUUCAUUUAUAUCAAACGUUGAAACGCAUCCAACAAUCGGUGCGAUAAAUGGUCACAAACCGUUAACCUUCGACAUUCCUACUGGAGCCGAAUCUAAAUCGUUAUCUCCACGAAUAUAA